AUGUUAUUGCAUGAAGAACAGCACAGUGCUCGAAUGAUGCGGUCCGACAACAAUUGUUACAUGGGACUUAACGUUUCGAUGAUAGCUGAUUCUACAACACGUCGGACUGAAACAUUUCAAGAAAUUUCUAGGCGUUUGGAUGAGAUGCCAGCUGAUUCCGGUCACCCUGCAUAUUUAGCUGCACGUUCGGAUUCAUUCUAUGAAAGGGCAGAGAGAGUUAAAUAUUUAGGAAAUCCAGAACGUGAAGGGUCUGUUAUGAUUGUAGAAGCAUAA